GGAAUCAUUUAUCUAGGAAUGAAAUCUUCAGUUUUACAAUAUAAUAACUGAUGGUAGGGUUUCACCAUUAGAAGUAGGUAGCAUAGUGUAACAGAAAGUAUGGGAUUUUGGAAUCAGAAGACUUGAGUUGAAAUACUGACUGACCCUAAUAAACUGUAUGACUCAGACAGGGCUCACACAAAUGCAUUGACUGCUUUGGGUUAGGUACAUUAUAUAUAGUAUCUUAUUGAGUAAACCUCACAACUAUUCUGUGAAGUUAUUAUAAUUAUUACCCCCCCCUUUGUAGAGGAAGAAAUCAGAAGUUCGGAUUUCUGGACCACCCCUCUGUACUCUGGCUCAGAAUCCUUGCAUCGGGGUUUCAGAUUCUACAUGGAAUUUUGAUUCACAGUCAGGUUUGGGAACCAUUAACCCCAAAGCAAGUCAUUUAACCCCCUCAGCCUCAGUUUUUGCAGCCAUAAAAUGAAAUGUACCCCCUUGUCACAUUGUUAUUUGUAAAAUGGGGCUCCCCACUGGGGCGCCUGGCUGGCUCAGUUGGUUGAGCAUCCAACUCUUGAUCUCAGCUCAGGUCUUGAUCUCAGGGUUGUGAGUUCAAGCCCCAUGUUGGGCUCCACACUGGGUGCAGAGCCUACUUAAAAUGGGGCUUCCUACCUCACAGGGACUUUGGAAAGAUCAAAUUUGAUAAUCUGUUUUAAAGUUCUUUGUCAACUAUAAAUGUCUGGAUAAGUUUUUUCUUUUAACCAUAAAAAGCUACAUAGUACUUAGAACAUAAUUGGCAUUCAAUGAUUGUUGAAUAAAUAAAGUUUAGCUAUAGAACCAACUAGACCUUCUCUGAAUUUAAAUAAAUUAUAAAAUGGGUGACAAGAGAUCUGAAAGCCCCCCAUUCUCUUUCCUUAUCAUUCCUCACUCAUCUAUUCUAGACCACACCCAAUGAGAGAGUGAGAGAAGGAACCUGGCCUUUCAAGGUCCCUUUGGCUGUCUCCUUGAUGAACCACAGGAACAUUAUCUCAUUUGAUCCCCAGAUUCCUGUGAGAAAAGGUAUAUGGAAGGAGCAUUUCUCUUUGCUGUUCUUCUACACUUCAAGCACAUCUACCUCUACGUAGCACCAGCUUAUGGUAUAUACCUGCUACGAUCUUACUGUUUCACUGCAAAUAAACCAGAUGGGUCCAUCCGAUGGAACAGUUUCAGCUUUGUCCGUCUUAUUUCCCUGGGACUGAUUGUUUUCCUAGUUUCCGCUCUUUCAUUGGGUCCUUUCCUAGCCUUGAACCAGCUGCCUCAAGUCUUGUCCCGACUCUUCCCUUUCAAGAGGGGCCUCUGCCAUGCAUAUUGGGCUCCAAACUUCUGGGCUUUGUACAAUGCUUUGGACAAAGUGCUCUCCGUCAUUGGUUUAGAAUUGAAACUUCUUGAUCCCAACAAAAUUCCCAAGGCCUCAAUGACAAGUGGUUUGGUUCAGCAGUUCCAACACACAGUCCUUCCUUCAGUGACUCCCAUGGCCACCCUCAUCUGCACUCUGAUGGCCAUAUUGCCCUCUGUUUUCUGUCUUUGGUUUAAACCUCAAGGGCCUAGAGGCUUUCUCCGAUGUCUAAUUCUGUGUGCCUUGAGCUCCUUCCUGUUUGGGUGGCACGUCCAUGAAAAAGCCAUACUCCUCGCAGUUCUCCCAAUGAGCCUUCUGUCUGUGGGAAAAGCAGGAGAUGCUUCAAUUUUUCUGAUUCUGACCACAACAGGACAUUAUUCCCUCUUCCCUCUGCUCUUCACUGCACCAGAACUUCCCAUUAAAAUCUUACUCAUGUUACUAUUUACCAUCUAUAGUAUUUCCUCACUGAAGACUCUCUUCAGAAAAGAAAAGCCUCUUUUUAAUUGGAUGGAAACUUUCUACCUCCUUGGCCUGGGGCCUCUGGAAGUCUUCUGUGAGUUUGUAUUCCCUUUCACCUCCUGGAAGCUGAAGUACCCCUUUAUCCCUUUGUUACUGACCUCAGUGUAUUGUGCAGUGGGCAUCACAUAUGCUUGGUUCAGACUGUAUGUUUCAGUAUUAACUGACCCUCCUAUCCGCAAGACAAAGAAACAAUGAAUAAAGGAACUGCUUGGAUGUAUUCCAAACAAUUAUUUCAUGGGAAAUUAAUCAGAACUUGAAGAAAGUUGCUGGUGGCAUGAACCAU